CCCUUCCUGCGGCCAGCCUGCUUUGACAGCCAACACUGGCGCAGAGUCUCAAUUUAAAUCUAUAAUAUAUUUUUAUUGUAUAUAACGAUAAUUCAUACACUCAGUCUUCACACACUCUCUUCCGGAGACAAGCGUUGGAGCGGCCUCGUCUAGAAUGGGGAACCGAGACGAUGAAUACGAUUUCUUGUUCAAAGUUGUGUUAAUUGGGGACUCAGGCGUAGGGAAGAGCAACCUGCUCUCUCGAUUCACACGGAACGAGUUCAACUUGGAGAGUAAGAGCACCAUCGGGGUGGAGUUCGCCACACGCAGCAUUCAGGUGGACGGCAAGACGAUAAAGGCUCAAAUCUGGGACACGGCAGGACAGGAACGCUACAGAGCCAUCACCUCGGCGUACUACAGAGGGGCCGUGGGGGCCCUCCUAGUGUAUGACAUUGCCAAGCACCUGACCUAUGAGAACGUGGAGCGCUGGUUAAAGGAGCUGAGGGACCAUGCCGACAACAACAUCGUCAUCAUGCUGGUCGGCAACAAGAGUGACCUGCGCCACCUCAGGGCUGUGCCCACAGACGAGGCUCGGGCUUUCGCAGAGAAGAAUAAUCUAUCAUUCAUAGAAACUUCAGCCUUGGAUUCAACAAAUGUUGAAGAAGCCUUCAAGAAUAUUCUUACAGAAAUCUAUCGCAUCGUAUCGCAGAAGCAGAUCGCUGAGCGGUCUGCCCAUGAUGAGUCCCCGGGAAACAACGUGGUGGAUAUCAGCGUCCCACCCACCACGGAUGGUCAGAGGGGAAGCAAACUGCAGUGCUGCCAGAACCUGUAACCCAUGGCAACUGUCCUUCCUCACCUAGGUCGAUUAUUAAUUGAAAUCCUCAGUGUUGAUAUGCUUGAUAUGCUUCCAUCUGCUCGGGGUGCAAUAUUGUCAGGAUUUGCAUUUUUUUAGAGCGAUGGAAUCAGUUCCAUUGCACCACAAAAAGAUUCAGUCAGUCUCAGAAGUUUUUGAAUUGAAUUGAUUUUAAAUAAUAAUCUGACCUAGGCUGCGACAUUCUAGCACAGAAACAGGACUGACGGUACUGCCAUAGGGAGCUACUACAGUUACCCAUGUUAGUGUAGCAGAAUGGCCUUGCCUGAGACCUUGUAAGCCUAAACAUCUCCCUGAGCUAGGUUGUACUCCUCUUUGGCUGACUUGUAGAUGGUUAAUGCCACAUAUGGAAGGCCUGGGAUGUGAUCCUGCCUGUUUCAGCAGUACCAGCAGUUCUGUUUUUGGACUCCCCUCCUCCUUGUUCAGUCAUCAUCUCAAAAGUGGUUGUGGCACUGCUGAUGCUUACUUCAUUUUGUGUAAAAUAUAUUCUUUUUUGUUUUUGAUAGCUUGUCUGCUCACAUACAUUAUAUUAAUGCCAUGAAAUUAAAUUUUACAGUAUUA